UUUCAGAGACAUGGGACAUGAUCCAGGGGAUGGGAAUUUUCGAUCAAUUUUCCAUAUUUUAAUAGUCUUCACUUUGCUCAAUUCAUGCUCCACAGAGCCACACGCCAAGACGAAAUGCUCCCUAGAGUGCUAUGCACUUUGUAUGCAAUCUGGAACGCCAAUCUCCUCUACGUGUAACUGUCCAGUAGCUAAAGAACCUUCAAAUUGUACACGGUUUGAUGCCGACUUGCAAUCUGUUCAAGUAUCCUCAAUAAUCCCAAAAUCCAAGUCGGAAUACGUGGAUGCUCAUAUGAUUCGAGUCUCCAUAGAACCUCAACCAACAGCUUUUGCAUACGUUUUCGAGUAUUCCACGAUUUCUACAGAGCCGGAUAAUUGGAAUUUUGCGGGCGCCUCUUCGAAACCGGAAGCCACUUUCAGCAUUCUCGACCCAUGCCGUGAUUACCAAUUUCGUGUCAUUAUUGUCAUUCGAAGUUCGAAUCCGGCGGCCGUAUUUGACAUAAUUCGCCCACGACCGAUUCCAGUUCAAUUGCCUCCGUUUAUACUCACACAACCACAGAUUUCCAUAGAAAUGCCACGUGUGAACAAUUUCAACGCAUCUGGCGACCUGAAGCUCUACGUAAAGUGGUCCCUACCCUAUGGCUACAUAGACGGUGACAUCUAUAGCUACGAGUCUCCAGCUCUGUACCCGAUUCAGUGUAGUACUCCUGAAGGUGAAAUCCCGACUCCGCGAAUUGAAAUUGUGAAAGGCGGCGGGCGGCUGGCGGUUUGGCUUCCGCCAUCAGUCCUGGAAGCCAGAUGCCGGAUGUGGGUGGAAGUGAGGAUGCUGCCGAGAUGUGUGAGGUUGGAGCCGUUUAAUAUACAGAAGAAUAUCGAAAUUGAUUGCUCCAAGAACCCGAGUUUGGAUGUUUGUAGUAAAGAAUCCAACCCGGUCUGUUUCGAGACCGUAUCCAUUGCUGGGGACCAUGGAAAAGCGAAAAUAAGUUGGCAAACUCCUGACCGGGCUCCUCUCUACUACCAUGUACGGUAUGGUCCUGCCGAGUCAAAGGGGGUGGCUCCAUUUGUGACGUGGCAAUUGGCGGCUAAAAGAGAAGUUCGUGUGGAUGGAUCGUUGUCGAGCUUCAGCCUGGAUAUCCCUGAAGAUGAGGAUUUUGGAGUUCAGGUUUGCGCAAUUUUAUCCAAAAAAAGAAAGCGUCCAAAGUUCGGAGUAAUUCAAGUAAUACCGUUCCAGUGUUCAAGUUGCAAAAGCUCACAAACCAACGACUGUGCGGACUGUGGCCCAAUAAUUGGCUCCACGGUUCUUGAAAAGGAUUGGAAGGACAAAACUCCGAAGAAGACAGACAUCCCAAUGACUACAGUAUCCCCAACAUCUACAGUAUACCGUAUGGAAACUGACCUGUCUGUCUCUGGAAAUGCGAUACGAAAUGAGCCACAUGUGAAGGUGAAGAGCGGAACGAGACACUCCACAGACUCACCGAUAAACUUGGAAAAGGCCGAGGAGAUUAACAAGACAAACCAAGUAACUUCCUUGGCUCCGAAGGUCCAAAAAUCUUCAACAGAGCCGCCCCAGCCAACAACUACAGUACCCCAAGAAGCCGCUGAGCCCACCACCACCACAACUCUACAACCCCUAGAGUCAACCAGACGGAUCCUCGGAGAAGAAAUCGAAAAAUCCGUAGAAAACCUGGAAAAAGACAUCGAGGAGUCUGUGAAAAAUGGCAGCGAAAAGAUGAAUGACAAGACGGCUCAAGCCGUUGAGCAAAUCGACUUGGAGCUCGAGAAACGGCUCGAGGAGGCUGCCAAGCAGCUGCAAGACUCGCUAACCAACCUUGUGGGCAACUCCAGUGAGGUUAGGCAUCACGAGAAGGCUAAAAAGUGCCUGACAAGUGCAGGAGUUGUAUGCGAAUUUGGUUGUGAGGAUAGGAAAACCUGCAUCUGCCCCUCAGCUACCCACGCACGCCUUAUCAACGGUGUCUGCGCGAGCCGCGAAACAAUGCUCCACACAAUUUGCCUCCCGCGCAGAGAAAUAAAUGCCACGUGGGAUUCUGAAAGUGGAAAUAUUAUGGUCCGACGAAGUGAUGCGCUAUUCCACAUAGAGCACGCCGAGUUCGUGGACAAACUUUUCGUCGAGUUCGGAAGAGUCGAUGUGCUCGCGGAGCCAGAUGCUAAUGACACGAAGAUAGAGUUCAAUGAUACGCAACGCAGUAAGAUAGUGGUAAUGAUUCAGACCGUUCUCAAGUCGUCCGUCUUCUCCGCCGAGCCGUUCAUUUUCCACGUAAAUCAGACAAUCAACAUGAAUAGUACAUAUGGAAUGCGAUUUUGUGUUUUCAAUUCAUCACAGAUUAGGAGCCCCCACAACUACAACUGGGACGAUGUGAGUCGUUUCGAGAAGAACGAGCAAAUUUCUGAAGUCAUCCAGUUGUCGCCUGUCAGAUUUACCAACAAACUCCCACUACAGUACCCAAAUGUGGACACGUAUUGGAGUACUGUAAUGACGAUCGCGAAAAUUUCGAUUUUGGUGAUUUUGGGAAUCGCGAUUUUUAUUUUGGUCUACCUGAAUUGUACCAAGUUUCGGACAAUGUACGAUAGGAAAAGGACGCAUUAUUUCAGACCGUUUUAUAUUGAUCCAUCGAUCCAUCUGUCUAGUACAGCACCGUCAUCUCGUGGAAGUGGCGGCGGUGGCCUGAAACGAGAUCCCUCCCGUGGAUAUUAUGAUGUCCGGAAUUCACAUUUAAUUAUGUAAAACUGUUUUGUGAACUUCAGGCUCAUUUUUAAAAAUCAAAUUUCCAAAAUUAAAUCUCAAAACUGCCCCCUCAAAAUUCCAGAAAUUGACGUGUAUUUUCUAAAUUUCAAUUUUUUUUUGAAAUUCUUAUUUAUUUUCCAUUAAUAUUAUUUUAAUAUAUUUAACUUGUACAUUUAAAGCUUUAUAGAAACUAUUGACAUACCGAUUGAAUAAAUUAUUUUCGAUUUUU